GUUAGUCCCGCCGCCAGCAACAGGAUGAUUGGGAAUCUGUUUAGCUGAAGAACGUCCGCAGCGUGUCCACGAGCAUGACCAGCUUCAUCGCAGAUCAGCUUCUUGUCCCGGAACAUUGGCAUCGUACCAGUCAAAUACUUUGUCUUUGGCUCCUUUUUGUAAGUGGGUGUGGUUUUUGGCCGGAAGUUGUGUCGUUCCCAUUUCUGAUCGACCAUGAAAAUGGCAGCCAGAUCCGUUCAGGUGCGUACGUCUCCAAGUCGCCAAACAAGUAUCCACGUUUGUUCGUCGACAAUCACCUCGGCCGAUGUGUGGCAAUGGCCCAGCACGAGAUGUCGGUCAUCCCCGAGAGCAAGUUGGCUGCGUUCAAGGGGCGCGAAACGCCGCUCAGUGUCUUCAUGGUUGCUGGACCCACAACCGAUAUCAAGGGUCAAGAAUUUCGAUUCAAAGGUCGUGGUCGGCGUUUGCACAAAUCUGGGUUGUGUCCCAACGCAGACGUUGGAACUUUUGACGACUACUUUUACCGAUCCAUGAUUCCCAAGACGACGCGUACUGCCGCGUUAGGAAAUAAAUUUGCCAACCAAGAGAGCAUCAAAAUGUGUUCGGUCCAGGAUUAA